AGCCUUGUUACACUUUUUACAUCUCCUUGGAAUUACCUUCGACGAUCCAAACGUUUUUCGUAAUAAAAUAUUCUCCUUUUUGUCAAUGUCACUGUCUUUCUCUACUUCCACUUCAUCUACCGUUUGUUCGUUGCAUCAAUAAUAUCAAUAAUAUCUUCUUCCACAACCUCCACUACUAUCAUCUUUGACGACGUCGAUGUUGACCCAAUGCCCGCAUGUUGUGUCUGUUGCGGUCGAGGGUCUCGGUCAGCUAGACGGGGACCACCUCAACGAAAACGAAAACUCAGCUAUGAAUCAGAGAUCGAUGAUCUGGUUGGAGCUGGAGGACGUGACUCGCUUCAGACGGAUGAAGAUGGCGGCUUCUCGUCACCGACAGUCGAGGAGAAGGAUGCAACAACGACUAGGGAACAAGUUAAGGAUUAUAAGCAGGACAAAGACAUCAACCAAGAUCAUAAAGGGCAAUCAGUAUCUUCGGGAAGUGAGAGAACAGGAACAGCAGCAGGAGCAGGAGGCGGAAAGGGAGAUCCUAGUCACGCAGGCGGAGACGCGUCAGGAGGAGAGGCGGCAGCGUCUAUCGCUAGCACUCAGGAACUCCUCAGCUCGCCUUCUGCAUCCAAAGAAAACAAAGUUAAGAUAACUACCCACACUGCCUCCUCAUCGGUCAGCAUCAUCCUGGGGUAUUUUCCGAAGGGAAAAUAGAGGCGGGAAGGGUGCUACCAGAGAUGCGACUGGGGUAGCCCUAACAAAGGAUCUAGUUCAAGGGAACCCAAAGAGAAGGGUCGAGACAAAAGAGAAAUCUCUCUUGCAGAAGCCACCACUGUGCAGGAAAUCGCUGAGCUUCUUGCAUGUCUGCGCAUCCCAGAGGCACAUUUUAGAGCAAAAGAGUUUUUGGCGGAUAAGGAGGUGUCCAGAAACGCUAAACGGCAAGUACGGCAGCUGCCACAGCUUGGAGCGUGCGGGUACGGAUUGAGAAAGCUGCGGGAAGGGAUACAGCUGAUAUUUGACGAAGAUGACGCGGCCGAUCAUGUGAGCUUUCAUUAUGAGGCCACAACUACACUUCAAAAAGUUAUUUGCUACGUAUAACUAAACAUGUGGCCAAUGUUCAAUAAGUCUAAAUACAUGUGACACCAAUUAUAAGUCUAAGUAUCUAAACAUGUGACACCAAUAAAUCUAAAUAAAUCUAAAACUCCUGCUUCGAAGACCUACUCCUUUGAUUGCUUGUAAGUUAAUGUGUUGAGACGUUACUCACGUCGUUAAGCAGUCGGUCCUAAGUAGCUGCCGUGACUCUACUCGGGUCACAACGGAACCAGGCAGCUAUACGUAGUUGCUACGUGGUUCGAAUGAAUGAAUGAAUGUAAUGUUGUUAGUAUCUUGAACUCUGAUAUUUGAUGAAGAUGAUGCGGCGGAUCCAAGUCCUUACUUUUCUCCUCUCCUAAGUACUUUAUAGCUGACUCCUAAAGAACUUUUCUCCUCUUCUAAUGUGCAUACGAAUACGACGACACAGUCUUCGAUGUUCGCAUAAACAUCUUUCCGGACGGGUUCAUGAAAAUUUUCGUGGACAUUGGCAUCUUUCCUGUAGACCUCUUCCAUGCUGCUGCUUUCGUAGCUGAGAUAGACUUACUCCACACUUGGGUCCCCUUUCUGCGAGAAUCGGAGAUUUGCCAAGAGUUUGCGGGUUACGCAGAUCUUUUGUGGAGAUCAAAGUGCAAACUUCCGGUGUUGCCAUUGCAUUCUGGUAUAAAGAUGAAGAUUCAACGUCCUCACUAGUAGAAGAUGCUCACAUGUCGCAUUAUUUCUCUACUAUUUUGUCCUCUAGUACUAUGAUGUCACGUCCUCUACCAUUUUGGCCUGCACUCCUACCUCAUGCUCCUCCGACAACUCCAGGUUUCGAAUGCUUUCACCAACGACUUUGCUUUGAUAUGUUGAGUUCUAGUAAAGGGAACGCGUCUUUGGCGCUCCCUCACGGCGUGAAGGCAUUGAUGAUCACCGAGUGCUCGCCAGAUGACUCAAAUUGGCGUGGUUUCACCAUCCCCGAUCCUCCUAGGAGAGGACCGACGAGGGUACUUGUUUAUCAGCUGGCCAUGAUGAUGUUUAGAUUAUGUAACUACCUCAUGGUGAAGAUGGCAAAUCAAGACAAAGGCUCCAAAGCAGAAGUUGGCACUUCUCUUGAAAUUGAACAUGAAGAGCUUUCUUGCACUACAGCUACCACACAAGAACAACCAGGUUUUCGCCCGCAUGCUUGGCUUCAUGGCUUAUCCAGUCGAGAUCCACGAGACUCCUGCUCCUUCUCCUUCUGCCGCUGCUUCGAGUAGUAGUAAACCAGGAACAACAGGAGAAAAGGAACACAAUAACAAACCAAAAAUUCAGAAGGGUUUUGUCGUGAAAGCUGCCACAGAGGCUGAUUUCCAGCUUCCUAGAUGGAUGAUCCCAAACAGCGCACUGAGAACAGUCGCCCGCUUGUUGUGUAGGAACUUCCUUUAAGGUUUGCUGUAAUUCAACAUCCUCCUGCGAAGCUGCAUCUUUAGCCUCUUUUUCAAGAGGAAAACGGGUCAGAGACAAGCUUCGAGUUGAACCUCGGUAAAAAGCUCUAAAUCAUGUCCAACUUUGUCGCCCAGUCCAAAAAAUGGGACGAAGCGGGUGUGUAUCCGAAGCGGCAGGAAUUGAGGCCAGAGUUAUACGCAGCAGUCGAGAAACGGAUCCAGGAGUUCACAGAAGUCGUUACGGUUGGCGAAGGAGGCGACUUUCCGAGUAUAGUGGAAGCGGGGAGGCAUUUUUAUGGACGAUUGAUGUAGACGAAGUCGAAGACUUCUAUUUAGUCACUCUAUUCUUGUUCUUGAGAACUAUAUGAAGCGAAAAAGUGCACUCACACUCAAGAAAUUGGCUAGGAUUUAAGCAGGAAAAUAGCCACUUCUUCUGAGUGUGAGUGCACUUGGUUCUUUCAUAAACUAUCUACUACUUGUACCUCUAGUACCUGGACAGCGUGUUUAUUGUUAGUCAUCAUCUCGCAAAAUCAUGUUUUCUUCUUCAAAGUCCCCUUAUCAAAGUAGUUCUCUCUAAUUUCCCGUUCUGAAAAACCGCGAGUUGUCACGAUCACGCAUCGGGCAGCAAGUCGCUCAUCGAGGCACGCCAACGAUUGGUAGUACUAGUAGCGUCACCUCCAACGCAACAAGGUCACCAGAAGAGCGAGUUGUCCAAAAUGGCUCACCUCCACUCGAUGAACCUCCACCUCAACUUUUAACUGCAGACUCAGAUCCGAAUGCUGUAGCGUCUAUUGCUGAAAAUGCAGCUGAGGCGGGUGGUGGCUCGACCUCUUGUGCAGCUGCGAUUGGGCGAGAGUCAUCAUUGGGUGACAGCUCGAAAAAUCAGACUGCCAGCCUCAACACCAAGUGCUGGGGAGAAAUUCCUUCAGAAUGGGAAGAUUCUGAGAUGGUAUGCGCAGCAAAUUUGCAUUUUGUCUAGGAUUGUGAACCUUCCCCUUCGUCCCCUUUUCUCCCCAUUCCGUCUGGGUGUACCCCCGCCGAUUUAUCCCUUGUUAUCCUUUUCCUUCCCUUUCGUACAUUUUUAGCAAGUCAUAUGGUGAUUCCCACAACGAGGAGAUAGUUGCUUGACAUUUUUACCCAGUCUACGCAGCCGAAACAUAUUUACGUGUUUUUGUUUUUUUGUGACCGAAAGGGAAAGAUUGCACAACAAUCUAAAACUCGCAUGACCUUCUACGUCUAUCAUUAGUUUUGCUCCUGGUUCUGCUUUGUGCGACUCUCGUCAAGAAGAUUUGAUUUUUUUCAACGACAAUGAGCGCCAGCGCAACCGAUGAAAGUUUACCCUUACCCAUAACGACCAUAUGCGAUCUUGAUGUCAAGCACUACUUGCAAGCGCGCGCACAGAUUGAAUUUCGGUUUGAGAAAAAAAAUACUUCCUAACACGACGCAACUAUAUAACGCAAGAACCUCAGCAUCAACAAGGAAAGUACCUUGUCAAUCUUCAGAAGAUUUUGCCUGAGAGCUAUCAACAUAAUAAAGAACAUUUGAGAU